AGCACGCAUGCGCGUCCUUUUCAGUCCAUCCGUUUUGCUGGACGGGUUGCAUUUGUGCUAAGGGAUACCAUCAAGGAGACAAAUGCCGUCCAAAACAUCAUUUACCGCCGAAGUUCCGGACCUGGACAUUGACAUGGACACUGCCGUUGAGGUCAAACGCACAAAGAAAAUUAAGAACAAGGAGGGCAAGAAAGCAAAGAGUGUCCUCGUGGAUCAAGCAGUGGAACCAGACUGUGAACCACCCACAAAAAAGAAAAAGAAGAAAUCCACCCUCGCAGUAGACCCAGUCAAUGGCCAUGAAGACAAGACCUCUGAUAUGAACGGCGAUGAUGCAUCAACCCAGGAACAGAAGACCACUGACACAGAGGCACCUAAAGAAAAAAAAAAGAAACAGAAAAAAGCUUCUAAAGAGACCAACGGUGAUGUGCUCAAGACCAACGGACAUUCCAGCCCUUUGAAGACCCCAACCGAAACUCCCUGCCCUUCAAGCAUCGACUCCGCAAGUGACAGUGAGAAAGAUCUGCUGACAAAAGAGCAGAGAGACGGUGCUUUCUCUAAAUUCAAUAUUUCCCAGGAUACCAUUGUGCGACUGAAAGCUCGUGGCGUCACUCAUCUGUUCGACAUCCAGGUUAAGACCUUCGAAUCAAUCUAUUCCGGAAAAGAUGUCAUCGGCCAGGCCAGAACUGGGACCGGAAAGACUUUCUCAUUUGCCAUCCCAUUGGUGGAAAAACUUCAGAAUGAUUCUGAGGACUGGUAUAGAGGAAGGGCUCCCAAGGUCUUGGUGUUGACCCCUACCAGAGAGCUUGCUAUCCAGGUCGCUAAAGAUUUCAAAGACAUCACCAAGAAGCUGGCUGUUACCUGCUUCUAUGGCGGAAGUUCUUACAACCCGCAAAUCGAUGCGAUCCGUAGUGGGAUUGACGUGUUGGUCGGUACCCCUGGUCGUAUCAAAGACCACCUGCAGAACCAGAAGCUGGACCUCUCCAAACUCAAGCAUGUCGUUCUGGACGAGGUCGACUCAAUGCUCGACAUGGGAUUUGCAGAGCAGGUCGAGGAAAUUUUGGCUACAUCUUACAAGCCAGGCGGCGAGUCCAACCCUCAGACGCUUCUCUUCUCUGCCACCUGCCCGCCCUGGGUCUAUCAGGUCGCCAAGAAGUACAUGAGGAAAAGCUUCGAACACGUGGAUCUGAUCGGAAAGAUGACCCAGCGAGCGGCAACGACCGUAGAGCAUCUUGCCAUCACCUGCCACUGGUCCCAGCGCGCGGCUGUACUGGCGGACGUGAUCCAGGUUUACAGCGGUAGCCACGGGAAAACCAUCGUGUUCACCGAGACCAAGAGGGAGGCCGAUGAAUUGUCGGCCGACCCGACCAUCAAACAGAGUUGCCAGUCUCUCCAUGGAGACAUCCUCCAGAAGCAGAGGGAGAUCACCCUCAAAGGCUUCAGGAGCGGGUCCUUCGAGGUUCUGGUGGCCACCAACGUAGCGGCCCGUGGCCUGGACAUUCCCGAGGUGGACCUGGUGGUCCAGUGUGCGCCGCCCAAGGAUGUGGAGUCCUAUAUUCACCGCUCUGGGCGUACCGGCAGAGCGGGCAGGACUGGAGUCUGCAUCUGUUUCUACCAGAAGAAGGAAGAGUCACUGCUGCACUACGUGGAGCACAAGGCCGGCAUCACAUUCAAAAGGAUUGGUGUUCCCACUGCUAGUGACAUCAUCAAGUCCUCAAGCAAAGACGCUCUCAAGUACCUCGACUCUGUUCCAGCCCAGUGCGUCAGCUACUUCAGAGAGUCGGCUGAGGCUCUCAUAGAGAAGAGGGGAGCAGUUGAUGCCUUGGCAGCUGCCUUGGCCCACAUCUCUGGAGCCACUAGUCUAGAACAGAGGUCGCUCAUGAACUCUGAGGCUGGAUGUACCACCAUGCAGCUUGAGUGUUCCCAAGAAAUGCACAACCUUGGCUACGCAUGGAAAACCAUCAAGGAACAGCUGGGGGACGACAUAGAGAAUCACAUCCACAGAUUGUGCUUCCUCAAAGGCAAAAAGGGAGUUUGUUUUGACCUGGCUGCUGACAAGGUUGAAAUGGCGCAGGAAUCUUGGAAGGAUGGUCGCCGAUGGCAACUAACCAUCUCCACGAGUCUCCCCGAACUGGAGGAGAAGCUGAACAACAACCGCGGUGGAGGCGGCGGAGGCUUCGGCGGCGGAGGAGGCUACGGCGGCGGCGGCGGCGGAGGCCGUGGAGGAGGAUUUAGAGGCGGGAGAGGAAAUGGAUUCAAAAGCAGAGGCAGUAGCUUUGGUAGAGGAGGAGGAGGCGGCGGAGGAGGAGGAAGGGGAAGAGCAACAAACACUCACAAACGCAGCUUUGGAGAGGCCUUUGAUUACUGAACCCCUGUGUUUAGCCUCGUUCUGGACCGAUGUCAUCAACAUCAGUACUUUAGGCCGGCAGUUUGUUCCUAAAAUGACUGUUGAUGGGCUCACUGGGAAUUCCUCAUCCAAACAUGCAUACUCCAUGUCUGGUAACUUUAUAAAUAUAUCUCUCCCUCAGCCCAAACCUGUCUCCUUAAAUGCACCCUCAACGAUUGCCUUGCAAUAAUUGCCUGUAUUUAAUACAUUUGUAUGCGGAAACCAUUGAAACAAAAUUACUUUAUUAAAAGUAUACUGAUGGAAAAGAAGUGA